AUGAGUGGAUUCCUCUCCCGCAUGGAUCCCCGCCGGGUCCACUGGGGCUCCAAAUGGCUGGCGUUUCACUCACGGAUUCUCCGCACGAAGCCCGUGGAGUCCAUGCUAGACGAUGCCAACCAGAAGGGGAUGGGCCACUCCAGAUUGGCUCAGGUCCUCACCACCAUGGACCUGGUAUCCCUGGGAGUCGGCAGCUGUGUGGGCACCGGCAUGUACGUGGUCUCGGGAUUGGUGGCUAAGGAGAUGGCAGGCCCUGGUGUCAUUGUCUCCUUCAUCAUUGCAGCAGUCGCCUCCAUCCUAUCAGGUGUCUGCUAUGCAGAGUUUGGAGUGCGAGUCCCGAAGACCACUGGCUCCGCCUACACCUACAGUUACGUGACGGUCGGGGAGUUUGUGGCCUUUUUCAUAGGCUGGAACCUGAUCCUGGAGUAUCUGAUCGGCACGGCGGCUGGAGCCAGCGCUCUGAGCAGCAUGUUCGACUCCCUGGCCAAUCACACCAUCAGCCACUGGAUCGUGGACAACGUGGGCACUUUAAAUGGACUAGGGAAAGGAGAACAAUCCUAUCCCGACAUGGUGGCGCUGGUUAUUGCUGUGAUUGUGACCGCCGUGGUCUCCCUGGGGGUGAAGAACUCUGUCGGAAUGAACAACGUCCUGAACAUCAUCAACCUGGCAGUCUGGGUCUUCAUCAUGAUCGCGGGGCUCUUCUUCAUCAAUGCUGCCAACUGGGAAGGGGGCAAGUUCUUGCCGUUCGGAUGGUCUGGAGUGCUACAAGGGGCAGCCACCUGCUUUUACGCCUUCAUUGGGUUCGAUAUAAUCGCAACAACUGGGGAGGAGGCCAAGAGCCCCGACACAUCCAUCCCUUAUGCCAUCACUGCCUCCCUCGUUAUCUGCCUGACUGCAUACGUGUCUGUCAGUAUCAUCUUGAGCCUGAUGGUGCCUUCCUACGCCAUCGACACGGAGUCACCACUGAUGGAGAUGUUUGUGCUGCACGGGUUUCACGCUGCCAAGUAUAUUGUUGCUAUUGGUUCAGUGUCAGGCUUGACGGUCAGCUUACUGGGCUCCCUCUUCCCAAUGCCAAGGGUCAUUUACGCAAUGGCCGAUGAUGGUCUCCUCUUCAGGUUCCUUUCCCAUGUGAGUUCCUACACAGAGACACCCAUCGUGGCCUGCGUUGUAUCCGGGUUCCUGGCAGGGAUCCUUGCUCUGCUGGUCAGCCUGCGGGAUCUGAUCGAAAUGAUGUCCAUCGGCACACUGUUGGCCUACACUCUGGUCUCGGUCUGUGUUCUGCUGCUACGGUACCAGCCUGAGACCGACAUCGAUGGAUUCGUCAAAUUCCUGUCGGAGGAAGGCACCAAGAAGAAGGAAGGAGUGUUGGCCGAGUGCGAGAAGGAGGCGAGCUCCCCACUGAGCGAAGGCGACGAGUACACCAGCACAGGGAAAAACACAUGCGGGGCCAAGAACCUCCCAUCCCUGGGGGAUAAUGAGAUGCUCAUCGGGAAAUCAGACAAGACAAUGUACGGCGUGAAUCACCCAAACUACGGCACUGUUGACAUGACGAGCGGCAUAGAAGCAGACGAGUCUGAGAAUAUUUACUUGAUCAAGCUGAAGAAAUUAAUUGGACCUCGAUACUACACAAUGAGGAUCCGGCUUGGCCUUCCCAGCAAGAUGGACCGUCCGACCGUUGCAACCGGCCAUGUCGUCACCACAUGCGUGAUGCUGCUCUUCGUGUUGAUGUUAGUCUUCUGUUCCUUCAUUAUCUUCGGGGCGGAUUAUGUGUAUGAGCAGAGCUGGUGGGCCAUCAUCCUGGUGGUCCUGAUGUUGCUGCUGAUCUGUGCUCUGGUCUUUGUGAUACUCCAACAGCCAGAGAAUCCCAAGAAGCUGCCAUACAUGGCGCCCUGUGUCCCAUUCGUGCCCGCAUUCGCCAUGUUAGUCAAUAUGUACCUCAUGCUGAAGCUGUCCACCAUCACCUGGAUUCGCUUUACGGUGUGGUGCUUUGUGGGUAUGCUUAUUUAUUUUGGGUAUGGAAUGUGGAAUAGCUCCUUGGAGAUUGGAGCGCGGGAGGACGCUCUCCGCCAGAGCACGUAUCAGCGCUAUGAUGUAGAUGAUGGGUUCGGAAUGGAAGACAGCCUCACAGUGGAUGACGACUAUCAGUGUGAAGAAAGAGAAGGAGGCGAUAGUGGUGGUGGUGGUGGAGGCCAAUAUCAGGAUUGGUCCUCCUCCGAUGACAGGGGGCAAAGCACCAAGCAGACAAUGCCAGACAUUGUGGGCAACCACAGGACCUACAACAAUAAGCCGAAGAGUAAAGGGAAGUAUGUCCAAAGAUCAGAGGCGCUGAUAGCAAAUGAUGAGCUAGAUUACUCAACAGAAUAAGGAGUUGCCUGUCUUACUCAUGGGCUUGAAUCUGGGAUGCGAUUUCUUAAAUAUAGUUUGUCACAUUAAAGGCAAUAUGCAGCUUAUUUAGAAUUUUUAAUUUUCGCUCUGUUUGCUUAGCAAAGGGGCAUCGCCUCUUUUUCUUUAAUGUAAAAAAAGGAUUUGGCAAACCUCUCUUUUUUCUGGGUGAGAGGGAGGGAGAUGCUAACAAUAAUUGUAAUUGCAUCCGUUUUUGUCGCACUGAUGGAAUUGUAUGUUUCUGCAUGAUUUACAUCAUUUCGCUGUGCGUUUGCAAGCAAACAAAAAAAGGUUUGCCAAAGACUUUUGCAAGAAGACGGUGCCUCUUUAAAGGAGUAAUUCAAGGCAAAAUUCACACACAACUGGCGCACAGCUCCGCUGUAGCACAAUCCAGGACUAUCAGGACUGUUUUGUGUUGUCAUGUGGUGUGAGUGACUAUCCCAGGGCAUCCUUAAAUUGACCAUGAAAAAGUUAAGAGUACAGGUCAAAUUGCUUAAAACUGGAGAUUGUUAGAAUUCAGAGUGUGGUAAUGUUACAGUUGAAUGUGUGGUAAGGGAGAGAGGAACAUGGGAUCUGAUCACAUAUAUUCCUGCACUGGUUUGUUGCAUUUCCAUGGUUUUGCUCAGAAGAGAUUUCAAAUGUUAGGAACAUUUAACUAAAAUACAUCCUAUCAAAGGUGUAUGUAUAUUCCCAGAGACCAGAACUGUCCUUGGCUCAAUCCCUAGCCUGUGCUCAUUUGACAGUGGUCUGUGAGUUUAUUAGCGUAUUGUGGGUGCUCCAAUUGGCCUACAGCUCCCUUGUACUAUGGCCACAAUACAGCAGCUACAAUUGGCCUCAGAUACGGGUAUGUCAGUGCUGGUGAGGGCAAGUAGGGCUCAGCUGUUUUUCCCCCAUCAGUAACUGGCCAUUUUGGGGCAAGAUACUGAAGGGUGACAAGUGAGUAUGGAGACAGGACAGGUGGGUGGGGGGAGGAGGUCAUCAUCAUUGGAUUGCGUUGUGUCAAAGGCUAAUGGUUACUUACAGUUAUCAUGGUUACAUGGGCAGAAUGGCUUGGUGAUUAGGCACAUGACUCUUUUGGUAAUUAAUGUAUAGAAGCAACUGGUUUUAAAUUUGUCUCUAGUUUGAUCAGAUCUGCUGGCUGAACAAACUUGUUCACCUUUUUGAUGGUUGGGUUGAUAUUGUUGGCCUCAAACUACCACAUCUCUGAUUGGAGCAAGUCUGAUUGAACAAACCUUCUGUCUAGCAUGGAAACUAUUCAACCAAAGACUAUGUAAAAAAGAAACUGAAUCGUUUUCUUUUGACGUAUUGGUAUUGUAUAAAUAUACUUUAUUUAUAACCAUCAAGAGAGUUCAGUGACAGAAUUUCCUGUCCAAACCAGAAAGGAAUAUCAAUAAAAGUCUGGGCAGAUGGCAUCACAACCUUUUAUUUUUACUAAAAAGGCUAGAAUAGAAUAACCCAAAUCUUCAAAAGGGAACACUACAGUAUAUCUCUGAAGCAGUUUAUUCAUUUGAUCUACAUAGUUGACUUUUGCCCUGCAUUGGGAGGUUGGUGUUUAAAGUAAAGCCAGACUCUUGUGUAGAACAUUUACUGGCAUAAAUACAAUGUUCCUAAAUAUAAUAAUUAAGCUGAAUAUUGCUUGCUCACAGAGAUGUUUCUUGCUGGGAUGAAGUGUUUGUUGCUUUUGCAACAGAACUCUGAACCAGAAGGCCUCUCUAAUGAAUGUUUUACUUGACAACUUAAUACUGGCAAAGAGCAGAGGCUCAGUUUGAAGAACAUUGAAUGCUGAGAGCCUCGGAGCUGAAAUAUUGGAUUGAAUCAUAUGCUAUUGGAUUGAAUCAGAGCAGCAGGGAAAGACAGAAUGGCAGACAUUAAGUACAUUAGUACAAAUACAAGGAUAAUGUUGAAUACAGGAGUUAUUUGCUUUUGCAUUAGGUCUUCCCCCUCCCCCCAAAUCACCUGAAAAGUAUUUUCUGUGAAGAGCAUUGA